AUGGCGAAAAACCUCAUCUCCGUACAAACAGUCUCCUUCUCGAAAAGCCCGGACAAAUUUAAACCAGAAGACAUGGAUAUUAUGUCAAAGGCAUUUACCUUAGGGGAAUGCUUCAACUCACUCUCAUCCAAAAAGCCCGGCCCGAUGUCCCGGGCCGCCAGAUUAUUCUCCGAGUACGAUUUCUUGAACCAGGAGAGCCCGAUUAACUCGUCUAGGCCCAUUCUUGUGUUUGGGUUCGGGUCCAAGAGCUUGUAUAUCACCAUCUUCGCGGGCCUCGAUAGCCAAUCUGGCAAAUCAAAGGCCCGGGAGGCUCCCAACAAGGAAAAGGUAGAGGAGGACCCCACACGACCAGGCAUCGGCCUUCCCGCCGUCGUAACCGCUCCGGCGGACGACUUCCGGCGCGGUGUACGCCGGCGUGCCGCAGGCAGUGUGGAUCAGGUCGCCGCCGGCCCGCUUCUGGUCAAAGAGUGCAGAGAGCCCGAAAUCGGUGACCUUGAGGAGCCCGUUCCGGAGAUUCUGGGGCUUGAUGUCCCGGUGGAAGACUCCGUUCCUGUGGCAGAAGCGGAGGGCGGAGACGACCUGAUGGAAGUACCGGCGGGCGGCGGGCUCCGGGAGGCGGCGGUGCCGGCGGAGCCGGGAGAGGAGCUCGCCGCCAGGGGCAAGCUCCAUGACGAGGUAGAUCCGGGAUCUGGUAGCGAGGACCUCGUAGAGCUCGAGGAUGUGUGGGUGGCUGCGGAGGCGGCGCAUGGCGGAGACCUCGCGGAGGAUGUGGGGCUCCAUGGCGGCGGCGGAGGCAGAUCUCUUGUCAAUGACCUUGACGGCGACGUCGGCGCCGCCGUCGAGGGGGCGGCCGAGGUAGACCUUGGCGAAGCUGCCGCGUCCGAGGAUGGGGCCGAGCCGAAAAUUUUGGACUAA